ACGGGGCAUGACCGGGGCCAUCACGGUGGACAUUGAGACGUCCGGCGCGCGACGAGGACGUCAGCAUCACCACUAACCUCUCUCCAUCGACUCCUUCUACACACUGGUCCAGGACCAACUAAGGAACAGCUACCAGGUGGGCUACGACCACUCUCUGAGGGUGAUCUAUGCCAACGGGAUGGACACACACUACCAGACGGAGCCCCACAUCCUGGCGGGCGCUGCCAACCCCACGGUGGCACGGAGGAACAUGACGCUGCCCGGGGAGAACGGGCAGAACCUGGUGGAGUGGCGCUUCCGCAAAGAGCAGACCCGGGGGAAAGUCAUCGUGUUCGGAAGGAAGCUCAGGGUGAAUGGCAGAAACCUUCUCUCUGUGGAUUACGACCGAACUCUCCGGACAGAAAAGAUCUACGACGACCACAGGAAGUUCCUGCUGAAGAUCGUGUAUGACACCCAGGGCCACCCUACUCUGUGGGUCCCCAGCAGUAAGCUGCUGUCAGUCAACCUUACCUACUCCAGCACGGGGCAGGUGACCAGCCUACAGAGGGGUCCCACCACAGAGAGGGUGGAGUACGAUGGUCAAGGGAGGAUUGUGUCCCGAGUGUUCGCCGAUGGAAAGACCUGGAGUUAUACAUACCUGGAUAAGUCCAUGGUGCUCCUGCUCCACAGCCAGCGUCAGUACAUCUUUGACUACGACCUGUUGGACCGCCUGUCUGCUGUCACCAUGCCGUCGGUGGCCCGUCACACCAUGCAGACCAUCCGCUCCCUGGGCUACUAUCGCAACAUUUACAACCCCCCGGAGAGCAACGCCUCGGUCACCGUCGACUACAGCGAAGACGGACAGCUCCUCAGAGUGGCCCACCUAGGGACAGGUCGUAGAAUUCUCUACAAGUACCGACGACAGAACAAAAUGGCGGAGAUCUUGUAUGAUUCUACGAGGGUUAGCUUCACCUACGAUGAGACAGCCGGUGUGCUGAAGACGGUGAACCUCCAGAGUGAAGGGUUCAUCUGUUCCAUCCGGUACCGGCAGAUUGGACCGUUGGUGGACCGGCAGAUMUUCCGGUUCAGUGAGGACGGCAUGGUGAACGCACGGUUUGAUUAUACCUACGACAACAGCUUCCGGGUCACCAGCAUGCAGGCUGUCAUCAACGAGACGCCGCUGCCAAUCGACCUCUACCAGUUUGACGACAUCUCCGGGAAGGUGGAACAAUUCGGAAAGUUCGGUGUGAUCUACUACGACAUCAACCAGAUCAUCUCCACGGCCGUCAUGACCUACACCAAGCACUUCGACGUCCACGGRCGGAUCAAGGAGAUCCAGUACGAGAUYUUCAGAUCCCUCAUGUACUGGAUCACCAUCCARUAUGACAACAUGGGCCGGGUGACCAAACGCGAGAUCAAGAUCGGACCGUUYGCCAACACGACCAAGUAYGGUUACGAGUACGACGUGGACGGUCAGCUCCAGACGGUCUACCUCAACGAGAAGAUGAUGUGGCGCUACAACUACGACCUGAACGGCAACCUCCACCUGCUCAACCCGGGUAACAGYGCCCGGCUCACCCCGCUACGCUACGACCUCCGAGAYCGCAUCACRCGGCUCGGGGACGUCCAGUACCGGYUGGACGAUGACGGGUUCCUGAGACAGAGAGGAGCUGAGAUCUUUGAGUACAACUCCAAGGGCCUUCUAGAACGCGUCUACAGCAAAGGCAACAGUUGGACCAUCCAGUACCGCUACGACGGGUUGGGCCGCCGUGUGGCCUCCAGAACCAGCCUGGGCCAGCACCUGCAGUUCUUCUAUGCAGACCUGAACUACCCGACCAGGAUCACGCACGUCUACAACCAYAGCAGCUCAGAGAUCACAUCUCUCUACUAYGACCUGCAGGGACACCUCUUCGCCAUGGAGAUCAGUAGCGGAGAGGAGUUCUAUAUCGCCUGUGACAACACCGGAACCCCUCUAGCAGUGUUCAGUAGUAAUGGGCUUCUUUUGAAGCAGGUGCAGUACACGGCCUACGGCGAGGUCUACUUUGACUCCAACCCCGACUUUGUCCUGGUGAUCGGCUUCCACGGGGGUCUCUACGAUCCCCUGACGCGCCUGCUGCAUUUCGGGGACCGGGACUAUGACAUCCCGGCGGGGCGCUGGACCACCCCAGACAUCGGGACGUGGACGAGAGUCGGGAAAGAYCCGGCGSCRUUCAACCUGUACAUGUUCCGGAACAACAACCCUGUCAGCAAAGUUCACGAGGUCAAGGAGUACGUCACAGAUGUCAAUAUCUGGCUGGUGACGUUUGGGUUCCACCUUCACAACGCCAUCCCCGGGUUCCCCAUCCCCAAGUUCGAUCUCACACAGCCGUCCCUGGAGAUGAAGAAGAGCCAGCUCUGGGACGACCUGCCGUCCAUCUCGGGGGUGCAACAGGAAGUGACCCGGCAAGCCAAGGCUUUCCUGUCCUUCGAGAGGAUGCCGGAGAUCCAGCUGAGCCGCCGGCGCUCCAACCGGGAGAAACCCUGGCUGUGGUUCGCCACCGCCAAGUCGCUGAUCGGUAAGGGUGUUAUGUUGGCGGUGACGCAGGGCCGUGUGGUCACCAACGCUCUGAAUAUCGCCAACGAGGACUGCAUCAAGGUSGCCGCCGUCCUCAACAAUGCGUUCUACCUGGAGGACCUACACUUCACGGUGGAGGGACGCGACACGCACUACUUCAUCAAGACCAGCCUCCCGGAGAGCGACCUGGGAGCGCUGAGGCUGACAAGCGGGAGGAAGUCGCUGGAGAACGGAGUCAACGUGACUGUGUCYCAGUCCACCACCGUGGUGAACGGCAGRACUCGGCGCUUCGCCGAYGUGGAGCUGCAGUACGGCGCWCURGCGCUCCACGUGCGYUACGGSAUGACUCUGGACGAGGAGAAGGCGCGUGUKCUGGAGCAGGCCAGGCAGAAGGCGUUGKCGAGUGCYUGGUCCAGGGAGCAACAACGGGUGAGGGAGGGGGAGGAGGGAGUGAGGCUGUGGACGGAGGGGGAGAAGAGGCAGCUGCUGAGCGGAGGGAAGGUKCUGGGCUACGAUGGGUACUACGUCCUCUCCAUAGAGCAGUACCCCGAGCUAGCAGACUCCGCUAACAACAUCCAGUUCCUCAGGCAGAGCGAAAUAGGGAAGAGGUAACAGACAGAAUCCUCGGCA